GUCGAAGUGAAUGAUCGUCAAGGUUUUGUACCAGCUGCGUAUGUUAAGCGUAUUGAGCCAGGCACCGCUCAUCAGCAUAGCCAACAGCAGGUCAAUUCGAUCGGUGGAAAGCAGAAUGAAAUUGAGGAUAAAUAUCAACGUCUUAUGAUGCUUGGCGAGACGCGCAAGAGGAAGCUUGAGGAAGCCUGCAAAGGCUACCAACUUCUCAGAGAAGCGAAUGAUCUUGCUGAAUGGAUCAAGAGCCGUGAAGCUGUGGCAGCUCAGCAAGAAAUCGGUACCGACCUGGAACAAGUGGAAGUGCUUCAGAAGAAAUUCGAUGAUUUUAAGGGUGACCUCAAGGCGAACGAGGUUCGCUUGCAAGAAAUGAACCAGAUUGCAACUGCUCUUACUUCCGUUGGCCAAACUGAGACUGCUGUCCGCAUUCGUCAGCAAAUUGAAGAUCUCAAUGCAAGAUGGCGCGCUCUCGAAGAGCAGACAGAACAACGUGAACAGCAGCUCGGUUCUGCCCACGAAGUGCAACGCUUUCAUCGUGACGUGGAUGAGACCAGAGACUGGAUCCAGGAAAAGGACGAUGCCCUCGAUUCGGAUGACUUUGGACGUGAUCUCCGCUCAGUUCAAGCUCUUCAACGCAAGCACGAGGGUGUUGAGAGGGACCUUGCUGCUCUUGGUGAUAAAAUCAAGAGUCUCGAUGAGAAAGCCAAUCGUCUUCGUCAGAGCCAUCCUGAAGCCGCUGAGCAGAUUUACGAUCUGCAGCGUGAACUCAAUGAGCAGUGGAAUAGACUCACUGCCAAGGCCAACAACCGUAAAGAGAAAUUGCUCGACUCGUAUGACUAUCAGAGAUUCCUCUCUGAUUAUCGCGAUUUGAUGCAGUGGAUAUCUGCUAUGAAUCAACUCGUGAGCAGCCAAGAGCUUGCAAAUGACGUCACAGGUGCAGAGGCUCUUCUCGAAAGGCAUCAAGAAUAUCGUACUGAGAUCGAUUCUCGUGCUGCAACGUUCCAUGCGUUUGAACAGUUUGGCAAUCAGCUUCUCAACAACAACCAUUACGCUAGCGAGGACAUUGCGAAGCGCAUGAAUAAUGUGAAUGCGGCUCGUCAGGGGCUUGAAAACGCUUGGGUUGCUCGCCGUCAUGUUCUCGAUCAGUGCCUUGAACUGCAACUCUUCUACAGGGAUUGCGAACAGGCUGAUACCUGGAUGUCUGCCAGGGAGAACUUUCUAGCUCAGGAAGACCCAGCUGGUGAUAAUGUAGAAUCUUUGAUCAAGAAGCAUGAAGAUUUCGACAAGGCCAUCAACAGUCAGCAAGAGAAGAUUGCUGGAUUACAGCAAUUCGCCAAUCAGCUCAUCAACAGCAAUCAUUACGACAAGGAGGCUGUAGCUCGCAAGCGCGACAUGAUUCUCGAUAGGUGGGAGCGCCUGAAAUCAGCCCUCAUUGAAAAACGAAGCAAACUUGGUGAGAGUCAAACGUUGCAACAGUUCAGUCGUGAUGCAGAUGAAAUUGAAAACUGGAUUGCAGAAAAAUUUCAGGUUGCUCAAGAAGAAAACUAUCGUGAUCCCACUAACAUUCAACAAAAACACCAGAAGCAGCAAGCGUUCGAAGCGGAACUGGCUGCCAAUGCUGAUCGUAUAGCUACCCUUAUUACCGCAGGUCAAAAUCUCAUUGAUGGAGCCAAGUGUGCUGGAGGCGAGGACGCUGUUAGUGCACGACUAAAGGCAUUAAAUGACCAAUGGGAGCUGCUCGUGAAGACCACUACCGAGAAGAGUUACAGGCUCAAGGAAGCCAACAAGCAGAAGAGCUUUAUGGCUGCAGUGAAGGAUUUAGAGUUUUGGCUUGGCGAAGUUGAAAUUCUUCUGCAAUCCGAUGAUUACGGGAAGGAUUUGGCAUCAAUCGAGAAUCUUCUGAAGAAGCAUCAAUUACUCGAAGCCGAUAUAAUUGCCCACCAAGAUCGUGUGCACGAGAUGAAUCAGCAAGCGGACUCUCUCCUUGAAAGAGAUCAGUUCGCUGGUCAGCAAAUCGCUGAACGUCGCAAGGUGAUCGCUGACCGUUAUGAACAUGUGAAAGAAAUGGCAAACGAUCGUCGUGACAAACUCAAUAAAGCAUUGAAUGUGCACCAGUUUUUCCGCGAUAUCGAUGAUGAGGAGUCAUGGAUUAAGGAAAAGAAACUUCUCGUCUCGUCGGAUGAUUAUGGACGUGAUCUUCCUGGGGUUCAAAAUCUUCGUCGUAAACAUCGUCGCCUUGAUACUGAAUUGGCUAGCCAUGAACCGCUGGUAGGGUUCUUUGAAGAAGCUGAGAUGCUGAAUAAGAAACACUGUAUUGGUUUAGGUCUCGCAGGCUCGGACAACUUUGGUGACAAUAUGGCUGGUGUGCAAGGUCUGCUCAAGAAGCACGAUACGUUUGAAGUGGAUCUCCAGCUGCACAAACAACGAGUUGAUGAUUUGGUCCGUCAGGGUAAACAGCUGGUUGAAUCCGGAAAUCAUCAUGGUCCCCGUAUCAAGGACCGUUGUGACCAGCUACUAAAGCGCCUUCGUGAUAUUCAAGACAUGGCCGCUCGACGUCUGCAAAAGCUUCGCGACAAUUCUGCUUACUUGCAAUUCAUGUGGAAGUGUGACGUUGUGGAAAGCUGGAUUGCCGAAAAGGAGCAGCAAGUGCGUUCUGAUGACUACGGGCGCGACCUGUCAUCGGUGCAGAUUCUGCUCACGAAACAGGAAGCAUUUGAUGCUGGUUUGAAUGCAAUUACGGAACUGAAAGACCAACUAGUGAGCAGCUCUCAUCACCAGUCACUAGCCAUCCAGAAACGCCAUGGCAAUGUCAUUACUCGAUGGCAACAACUUCUGGCUCAUUCGGAAGGACGUCGUCAGAAAUUGCUUAAGAUGCAGGACCAAUACAAGCAAAUUGAGGAACUCUAUUUGGCAUUCGCCAAGAAAGCCUCAACCUUCAAUUCUUGGUUUGAGAACGCUGAGGAAGAUUUGACGGAUCCAGUAAGAUGCAAUUCAUUAGAAGAAAUCCGCGCCCUUCGGGAGGCUCAUGCUGAGUUUCAAGUAAGUGCUUAA